UGUUUGACUCCAUUUGAAACGAACGGCCCGUUUACCACUUUGCAGGCCUCCAAAAACAAUCCACCAAUCAAACCAAUCCAACGAAGUACUAGAUUCUCAGUCUCUCUUGUUUGUUUAAUCUCAAUUCUUCGAGGUACGGCUCUCAAUCUCUCUCUCUCAAUUUCUUCUUCCGAUUUCAAUUUCUUCUUGUUGUUGAAUUCAGACAUGUAUCACGCAAAGAAAUUCUCGACGGCGAGCUUAGUCCCGCAUAAACCUCAGAGUUCUGAACAGCUUGUUGCAAGUGAUUCAUCAGUGAAAAACCCAACCCCCUCUGCUUCUAAUUCUGCUUCUGCUUCUGCCGGUAAUGGAAAACAACGACUGCGCUGGACCUCCGAUCUCCAUGACCGCUUCGUCGAUGCCAUCACACAACUCGGUGGACCAGAUAGGGCCACACCUAAAGGUGUCUUGAGAGUGAUGGGUGUUCCUGGACUAACUAUUUAUCAUGUGAAGAGCCAUUUACAGAAGUAUCGUCUUGCAAAGUACCUGCCAGAGUCUCCAGCUGAUGGUUCUAAAGAUGAGAAGAAAGGUUCUGGAGACAGCCUCUCUUGCUCAGAUUCUUCUCCUGGAGUGCAAAUUAAUGAGGCAUUGAGGAUGCAGAUGGAAGUUCAGAAGCGACUUCAUGAACAACUUGAGGUUCAAAGACAACUACAAAUGAGAAUAGAGGCUCAGGGAAAGUACUUGCAGAAGAUCAUUGAGGAGCAGCAGAAAUUGGGUGGCGUUCUCAAAGGAUCUGAUGCAUUACCAUCAGCAGAGGAUAAGCAAAAGUCAUCCCAGUUGGAGACACACGGUGAUGCUUCUACCAAGUUGCCAUCUCCCCGAAAGAAACACCGGAUGGAUGAUGGGUUGUUGAGUGAUUGUACCACAUCCCAUCUGCCUCCAAACACUGACCAAAAGGAUGAAUUUACUGGUCAGUGGGAUCAAGACGUGUACCCUAGUGUUGGUGGAUUUGGUUUCAACUUGCGAACAGAGUUGAAAGAGGCAGAAGGUGGUGUUGCUAAACAGAAAGGGCCUCUGGAGUUACGUCCGUUGUGUGACUCUGAACAAUAGAAAUUCCAGUUGUUAGUGCUUGAUGAAGCUUGUGCCAGGAACCAUAAACCAAGCUAUGUAUACCACGUAUAAAACUGCAAUCCAGUUGUAAUUAGACAAUGUAUGCACUAUUUCUAUUCUCCCACUUUCAGAGCUAGUAGCAGCAUGUAUUCUCCAACUCUUGGAUCCUAUGAGACGGAUUCUGCAUGCGCUGUUUACGUCUAAAUGCUGUGUUUGGACCUGAAGUCUCUUAAAUCAUGGACUUCUAACAUCUUCUCAUUGAUUAUGUGUUUGCCGAAACAAUUAGAAUUCACUAUAACCGAAGUGCUCAAUUUGAACACAAGAUAUGAGCCAAGCAACAUGCGGAUGGGAUCAUGCCAGACUAAGUACAACGGAUGAAGUUCUUUUGAAUUAUUUGAGAAUUCAAUCAUCGACGCAAGUGGACACACAAUUUUGAAUGAAAGGAAACGCAUCACACGCUUACCUAAAAAAAUAAGAGAAAAUGCCCACUAGCUUUAAAUUUGGAAAAUUUUUUCCCACUAACAAAAUAAGAUUUUAAAAUUCUUAUUAACAAAUUUUUUAACUUUCAGUGUUUUUUUCUAACUAAAUUACUUAUGCCUCUUAUCUCUCAUCUCUUUCUCCUAUCCACUCUCUUUCAAAUCUUCUAUCUUUCUCUCUCCAUAUACCACAACGCUCAAUGACAACGCCAAAGACAGACGUCGGUGAAGCCGACGAUCCCUCAAAGCCGAUGUCAACAGUUUAAUGACACCAGCGCCUCAAAUUGAUGUCGCGCUCCAGAUCUCUCUCAGCACGGUUGCCGACCACGAAGGCGAAGUCGAGGUCGGAGCAGAUGACAACGUCACCGUGGAAAAGAUGAGCCUUAGAGUGGUAGGACGUCGCCGACGUC